CGACCAGGAAGAGUGUAAAUGAGAUGCGACCUUACCUCUGAAGAAGCUUUACCGAGUGCCGUGGGAUUAUCACUACAAUUUGGCCAUGAUACUCCGGAUGGUUGCAAGCCAGCUUGAAUGCCCCAUACAAUCACUGACUGGCUGGAUGGCAAAAAGAUUUCUGGAGAAAAAAAAUGAGAUUCUUGAAGUAAAUGCUGCAAAACUGGCUCAAAUCCAACCAGGCAGCACAGUCUUAGAAGUGGGCUUUGGACCCGGUUUGGGGCUCCAGGAAGCUCUUCGUUACCUAACAGACCCUGAAGGUAAGCUGUAUGGACUUGACUACUCUGAAUACAUGCUCAAGGUGGCAACGAGGCGGGUACAGGAGCAGAUAUCUUCUGGAAAAGUACAGCUUAUACUGGGCAGUGUGGAUGCAAUACCACUACCAGACUCCAGUAUGGACAGAGUGUUUCAUUGCAAUUGUUACUACUACUGGACAGACCUGAAGAAAUGCUCUGCCGAAUUGCACAGAGUGAUGAAACCAGAAGGACUGAUGGUUGCCACUAUCAACAUGAUCAGGAUGAAAAAGGUGGCUUCUCAGGGAUUGCUGCUGGGUAAGAUGUGGCAGCCUGAAAUCUACAUGGAUGCACUUAUUGCCACUGGAUUUAAAGAUGUGCACAUUAAGGACAAGGAAGAUAGAGGCCUUAUGUUUAAAGCAAUUUUUGCUACUGCAUCCAAAUAAGUCUCAAAGUUGGGCAUCUUUGAAGUCUGACAUAUGCAUUCUGGAUUGGAUUCCUCUUUUUCUUAACUAACAAAUUCAAUAUAUUGGAACAUUAUUAUUUUCUGUCAGGGCAAUUUUUCAGUAUUAUAUUUGAAUAAUUAUGUAAUAUAAAUGUUAACACCUUUUUUUGGUAACAUUUUAUUACAGAAAAUGUGAAACGGAUAAUAGGUGAUACAAGCUUAUAAAAGCAAAAAAAAAUAAUAAUAAUAAGGACAAUUGUCUGUGUAUCUCCCUGCUCAUCCAAUUGAUAUGUCUCCAUUAUAUGCUCUUUGGUAUGGGAUUCGUAAAAAUAUUGCUUGAGAUGCUGUUUGAGAUGCGCCAUCUGUUGGAAUGAAAAUUGUAAUGCAUUUCAUUCCUACAUGUAUUACAAAAUAGAUUCCAAUACAUGGUGCACUAAAAAUGUUAAUGCUGAAUAUGUUCAACAGAGAGUAACUACUGGACAGACUAUUGAAAUCAGGUUGUUAUACUACAACCCAUCAUUUAUAUAUA